AUGGUGAAUCUACGCCCCAAAUUGGUGCAAUCAAAGCUGAGCGAGGCGCAAGCUCGAGCCGUGCUGCACACGAUCGCCUUCCCCGGCUUUGAAGAUCAGCAGGAAUCGCUCAAAGCCACCUUCCCAGCAGCAACGCUCUCGACGCUGAGCCGGUUGCAGAUCCACUUCCUGCUCACCUUCCCCUUCGAAGCGCUGUCCAUGAACUACGAGCCGCACUCGAGCAUGUCUUCCCAUCUUAGGGACGUUUACACACGCUUUGUCGAGCAGCGUCAUGGUGGGGGCUACUGCUUGCAAGUCAACCCGCUGUAUCGCGAAGUACUCUCCUUCUUAGGGUAUCGGUAUUUCGGGGUGCUAGGACGAGUGUUUUCGCCCAUCUCGCACAGCUGGAGCGGGCUCACGCAUACCGCGAGUUUGGUGUACCUCGACUCGCACCUGCCCGAAGAAGCAGGGAAGAAAGUGUACUACCUCUCCGACGUCGGGUACGGAAGCAGUCCGCACCGCCCGAUCCUACUCAGAGAUGGGUGGGAGGAGUUCGGACGUGGUUCCGUGGAGAAGUUUCGAGUUGUACGUAAGGCGUUGCAGCCUCAAUCGACGUUCGAGCCUGCACCGGCACCAGAAGCCACUGAGCAGGUCGACGAGCAAGUCGAGUCGAUAGCCGGCAACCAGGCAGGGUGGAUCCUGCAGCAGUCCAAGCCCAGCGGCGAAUGGCAGGACUGCUACGCGUUUGCACCCUUGCAAUGCUUCGACGAAGACUACCACGCUUCCAACAAAGCCACGAGCCACAAGGAAUCCGUGCCCUUUGCAACCAUGAUCCUCGUCGUGCGCUACUUGCUCCACCCCGACCGCCUACCGCACUCUGCCCAACGCCUGCAGCGAGACGGGUUGCAGCCCGAGCUGUACCCGUACCACCCGAGCGUCGUCGAGCAGAGGAUGAUCGUCGGUGAUAAAUACAUUGUUAAGAUCGGAGACGAUACCGAGGUUUCGAGGAAGAUAGAAUCGGAAGGGGAGAGGGUGGAUCUGCUGAAGCGGGAAUUCGGGCUGUUACGACAUGUAAGCAAGGAAGAAGCGCUGCAAACGAUCAGUGGCAAGCCGUCCAGGUUGAAAGAGACGAGCGAAACAGAACGCAAGCAGGCGAAGACCAACGAAAUCAAUGGCACCGACCGAACAUCAGCUCACUAG